AUGUCGGACACAAUCAAUAGGACUGACACAACCAGUACCACCGACAUAACUACAACGACGGACCCAACAGCGACAAUAGAUGAUAGCAGUCUAUUUGAUCUAGAAUCGAUAAGAGAUGGCGAAUAUAGUGAAGAAGAAUGGACCGUACUUAAAAUAUUCGCUCACGGAAUCCAGCCUGCAAUGCCGGGAGUCGCCGCAGAGGCUGCCCACCAGUUUGAUAUCUUGUGUCCACCGCUUGAGCAAGUCCACGAAGCAAAUCACUAUCUAUACACUCUUUGGAAUGUUAUGAUCACGAUUGCCAGAAGUCCAGAUGUAACAAGUGAUAUUCACGUGCAGCUCGUGGGCAUUCUUCAGAUUCUACGGCAGACCUCGAAAGGGGAGUUGGACGUUUAUGGUGCAAAGCGACGUGUCUGGAGAGAUUCACCCCAGCUUUCCUAUGCCAUGGAUGCGUUUUUCAGUGAUCCAAUGCAAAAUGUAGCGACAUCAGUAGAACUUACACCAAGAGAAGCACUGAUAUGGAGGAAUUUAAAUUCCUUCGCUGCGCGUUGUCUUGGGGCCGACGUUGCAGGUCCUUACAGCGACGCAAUGUAUGCCAUGCGAUCAGCUCUCGAGGAAGAUCUAAGCACCAUCGAGACAAAUAUGAUAAGAUGUAAAGUACAGGUUGCCUGUGAUUGGAUCCUCCAUGCCGCUAAGCCUUUUCUCUGGUGGGCACGGGAGAAUAUUGACUACUAUGUUACGCCAGAUGACCAGGAGGGACAAUACAUUGAAGGCGGCGCUCUGUAUCAUGGCCCACCCGCAAUGUGCCUACAGCGCUGGGCCUUCUGGCAAGGGCGAUUUGAAGAGAUCGGAAAGGAAGAUUCAAUAUUAGAUGAGGAAACCAAGAAUAUCACUCUUGAAACCGCUCGGCUCAUGAAGACUAUCGAAAGCAGUAUGGCGCCUACAUUUUUACAAUAUCGGCCGGAUAACAGAAGUUGGCAAAGUCGAAACCCGCAACCAGUAGUUCAGAAAAUGUAUCAGGAUAUUUAG